UGGGAAGAAGGACGCUGCAGGGCGGGUCAUUGAUCCCGUGCAUAUAAAUCUUUACAAUGCAAGCCUGGGUCAGUAAAACACAGCUGGUUGACGGUAACCCAAGUUCAAUCGACGAGUCUGUGCGAUGGCGGCGACCGGUAACAUCGAGACUGGCGUUCAGGGUGUGGAGCGAGCAGAAAUGCUCCGCCUCGUCAUGGAGCACUGCCGAGAGAUGAAGCGACACGAGACGUGCUCGCGCUUUGCCACUGGAUUCCUGCUCCUUACGCUCUUCGCCACUUUCCUCUUCGUCCAGGUCUUAGGACAGAGCAGUAAGGAUGCACCAAGUGAGCAACCGGUGACGAACACAGCAGGUCUGGUUCAGGCACAGACCAGUGGUAGACACCGUGUGCACUCUGUACAUCUGCUGAGUUAUCCUCCGGAUCCAGUCACUGAGAUGAAAAAUGACACCCAUGUCAUCCGUUGGCGUGAAUCCUCUAAGCUCAGAAUGAUAGAGAACAACACAGGUCUUGUUAUCCCUAGAAACGGCUGGUACCUUGUUAACCUAAGAAUAUCCUACCGCGUGCCUGAUGGGCCGUGUCCUUGUAAGCACUACUUAGGAGACGACGAUGAAGGCAAGGAAGACCCUCUUUGCUUUUUGAGUAUGACUGUUCAGCAGAAACAUAGUGAGUACCCUGGUUGGAGGGACGUCGUACAGGCGAAGGAGACCAUGUUUUGCACGCUCGGUUCUCGUCGGACUAUUCAUUUAAGCAGAGUGGUCAAUCUGAAACAAUCUACUGUGGUAAUAGUUACCAUAGCUUCAGACAACCAUGGUCUUAUUAGCAGGGAAACUCACGACUACUUUGAAAUCACUCGUCUGUAACGUGAUGCUAUUGUCACCUUUAACUACACAUUGGUAUUACUGUGCAUUUUUUUAAUGAGUUAUGAAUGUAUUUUCAGAUUUAUGUUAUUCAGUGAACUCUUGAACUAUGAGCUACUUACACUGGCUUUAAAAUUAAGAGAUCAUUAUAUAAGAAGAAAAAGAGUUAGUUCUGCAUAAUAUUAGCAUGGUGGUUUAUGUGAAUAACUUUUUUCCUUAUUUUUGUUUGCUUUUUGCCUGCUUGAUCUGGUCAAUGAAGUUCUUCUGAACUGCACUGUCCAAAUUGUUAUUAAAUAACAUGAUUGCAUGCAUACUAAGUAUCCAUAAGGUAUCAUAUGUUUUACUAUGGUAAAUAAGGUCUUUUCAGUCCUUGAUGACAGUAGAUUGGCCCUCGAGUUCGUUGGCACAUUGUUGCCAGCUGGUAGGGCUGUUGACACGUUUUAUGUUAAAACUUGUUUUGUACUCACAUUUCAUUGUUGCAAAAUUGUGGAAUUGUCCAAAUUGUCUUUUGAAAUAAAAUCAGUAAUUUCUGUAAUUA